AUGGAAUUUCUUCAAGCACCUAAUAAUAUCAAUCAACAACCAACAUUAUUUAAUCAUGCCAUACAAUAUCUUCGUAUCAAAGCAAUCAAAGGUGAUGUGGAGGCCAAAGUCAAGCUGGGUAUCGUGUUAAGUGGACAGUUACGGACAACAGAUGAACAUUGGCAAACUAUUAUUGACAAACGUGAAGCAGAACUUUGGGGUCAAAGUCUUUUUGAUCGAUGGUUAUCCUCAGCUAUUGUGCCUUGUCUUGGUCUUGUGGAAACCAAUCUUCUUCAUUGUCAAAAAGGAUCUGACAAACCAACAACAUUCUUUCGAUUGAUGGAUACUAUUUUGUCUUAUGCAGAUGAUACAUUGAAUGACAGUGAUCAACAAAAGUCAAAAACUAUCAACAAGAUCAAAGGUGAUAUGAGUUACCUCGUAGGACUAAUGCGAUUGAAAGGUAUAGGACUAGAAAAGGAUAUUCAACAAGCAACAACCUACUUCCAACGAGCUAGUCAACAGGAUCAUGAUGGUGCUAUAUAUCAACUGGCAAUGAUGAUGGAGGAUCAAUACACUUAUCCAGAUCUUUACGACAUGAAGCAAAGUGUGACUCUUUAUGAAAAAAUGGUGAUGAAUCAUCAGAAGAAAAAGAAGAAUGGAUCAGUUGUAUUAUCAGGACCUGAUGCUCGAGCAUUGACGAAAUUGGCACGAGUGUAUUAUGAAGGGGAAGGACAAGCAAAGGAUUUGGAAAAGGCAUAUCAAUAUGCACGCAAAGUAGCAGAAGGCAAUGGAGAAAAAUAUUGUCAAUUCAUGGUGGGCGAUAUUUUAUUACAACAAAAGGAUAUUCAACAAUCAUUAUUUUGGUUGGCUCAAUCUGGACAACAAGGCUUUCCAUUAGCUAUUGAAGCAUUGGCGCGGAUUUAUUUUGAAGGUAUUCCUUCUUUGGUCAAGCAAGAUUAUGAUUUGGCACAUGAAUGGUGUCUCAAGGGGGAUGAUAUUUGGCCAUCGGGAUUAGGAUAUUGUCAAUCUUGUUUGGGUGAUAUGUAUCGUCAAGGUCUUGGUGUACCAAAAGAUCAAAUGAAAUCUUUUGAAUAUUAUCAAAAAGCGGCAAGUCAACAAGAUGCUCCACAAAAUUAUGCACGAUACAUGUUGGGUGAAAUGUAA